AUGCACUUGUUACCUAUAUUAUAUAUCUGUUUUCAUAUUUUGACCUAUGCAACUGCAAAUCCAAUAACGUUUGAAGAUGUUCGAGGUACACCAUACAAAGUUGAUUAUGAUCAUCGAGCAAUAAGAAUAAAUGGUGUUCGAACAAUGCUUAUAUCAGGUGCUAUACAUUAUCCUCGUUCAACUCCAAUGAUGUGGCCAUAUAUAAUGAAAAUGGCGAAAAAUCAAGGACUUAAUACAAUUCAAACGUAUGUAUUUUGGAAUCUUCAUGAACAAAAACAAGAUGUACUUGAUUUUACCGGUCGUGCUAAUUUAAGUCGUUUUCUUCAAGAGGCUACUAAUGCUGGCUUAUUUGUAAAUUUACGUAUCGGUCCUUAUGUAUCUGCUGAAUGGACUUAUGGUGGAUUACCAGUUUGGCUUAAUCAAAUACCAAAUAUAUCAUUUCGUUCAAAUAAUGAGCCAUGGAAACGUUUAAUGAAACAAUUCAUUUUAACAAUUAUUGAUUAUGUUACACCAUAUCUUGCUAAAAAUGGUGGUCCAAUUAUUCUUGCUCAAAUUGAAAAUGAAUACAAUGGUAAUGAUCAAGGUUAUGUUGAUUGGUGUGGAAGUUUAGUAAGUAAUGAACUUUCAUCAACAGAAAUUCCAUGGAUUAUGUGUAAUGGUCAUGCAGCUAAUUCAACAAUUGAAACAUGUAACUCAUGUAAUUGUUUAGAUGAUGGUUGGAUCGAUAAUCAUCGUAAAUAUUCUCCUGAUAAACCAAUGUUAUUUACUGAAAAUGAAGGAUGGUUUCAACAAUGGGGAGAAGCGAUUGCUAUUCGUAAAACAUCGGAUAUUGCUUAUUCAGUUGCUAGUUGGUUCGCUGCUGGUGGUGCUUAUCAUGCUUAUUAUAUGUGGCAUGGUGGAAAUAAUUAUGGACGAAUUGCUGCGUCUGGUAUUACAACAUUGUAUGCUGAUGAUGUAUGUCUUCAUGCUGAUGGUACACCCAAUGAACCAAAAUAUACACACUUAAGUCGACUUCAACAUUUAAUUGCUGAUCGUGCUCAAGUUAUAUUAAGUCAAGAUUCAACUCGUAUUCCAUUACCUUGGUGGGAUGGAAAACAAUGGGCAUAUGGUACACAACAAUUUGUAUAUUCAUAUCCACCUUCGAUUGAUUUUGUUAUUAGUCAGGCUACUGUUCCAGUCAAUGUUCUUUUUCGUAAUCAAAAUAUUUCAAUAGAUGAUCAAUCUAUUCUAAUAUAUGAUGACAAUAUGAACUUAUUAUGGAAUAGUGCUAAUUAUAGUGAUAUUGAUAGUGAUAAUACAGAAAUAUUUCCUGUUGUUGUUGGUCCACUUAAUUGGCAAACAUGGUCUGAAUCAUCGAAAAUAUUAAAUUUAUCAGUAAUAACAUCUCCAAGUCCUCUUGAACAACUUAGUAUAACAAAUGAUGAUACAAUUUAUUUAUGGUAUCGUCGUAAUGUGACAUUAAAACAAGCAUCAGCAAAUUCAAUAAUUCGAGUUCAAACACGUAUAUCUAAUGCUUUACUUUUCUUUUUGAAUGGACAAUAUUUAGGCGAAUUUGAUGAUCAUAAUCAUCAAGUUGGUAAUAGUAUAGAAGCUUAUCUAGCAGUUGAUCUUUCACAUUUUAAACCAAAUCAACAAUACUUGUUUGAAAUUCUUUCGAUUUCAUUUGGAAUUUUCAGUGGUGUUGAAACUGAUUUUUUCGAACAAAAAGGUAUUGUUGGUAAUGUAUGGCUUGAUAGACAACUAUUAUUUGAUAAUGAAACGGAAACAAAUUUUUGGCAACAUCAAAAAGGUUUAAUUGGUGAAUAUCUUCAAAUUUAUACUGAACAAGGUUCAUCGAAAGUUAGUUGGGAUACACAGUGGACAAAAAAUAUUGAUAAACCAAUAACAUGGUUUCAAGCACGAUUUGAUCUCGAUCAUCUUAUACGAGAAGAUACAAAUGUUAAUCCGAUUUUACUUGAUGCUCAAGGUCUUAAUCGUGGUCAUGCAUUUAUUAAUGGAAAUGACCUUGGUCUUUAUUGGUUAAUUCAAGGUUUUUGUGAAAAUAAUCCACCAUGUUGUUGUCAGCAUGCUCAAAUAAAUUGUUUAAAACCAACUCAACGUUAUUAUCAUAUUCCAUCGGAUUGGCUCAUGUCUAAAAAUAAUUUAAUAACAGUAUUUGAUGAUUUAGGUGCACCAUCACCUGGAUCAGUAGGUUUUGUACAACGUGUUGUUACAAUUAAAAAAUAA